AUGUCUCACAGAUCACGGAGACCAGCAGAACGGAGAGACCGUCAUCGCCGACGCAGUCGGGUGAUGGCUGCAAGGCACCCUGAGGGAGAGCAGGAGAUGGCUGCUAGGCACCCUGAGGAAGAACAGGGCACAGAUGAUCCGCAGGUGCUGGAAGGAGCCCCCACUUCUCUUCGAGAGUCAUUGUAUGGCAAGAUGGCUGACCUUGUGGGCUUUCUGCUGCAAAAGUACCACACCAGGCAGCCCACCACGGAGGAGGAGAUAGUGAGCUGGGUGCUCAGGAGCGAGCAGCUCUUCCCUUCCUUCUUCAAGAAGGCCUGCGAGUGCAUGCAGCUGGUCUUGGGCAUUGAUGUGCAGGAAGUCGACGCCCGUAGCCAUACCUACAUCCUGACCACCACGUUGGGGCUCACCUACAAUGGCCUGCAAGUUCCUGAGCAGGGUCUCCCCAAGACCGGCCUGCUGGUGAUUGUCCUGGGCCUCAUUGCCUGGGAGGGCCACUGGGCUUCUGAGGAAGCUAUCUGGAAUGUGUUGAAUAUGCUUGGGGUGUAUGCUGGGAGGGAGCAUUUCAUCUACGGAGAGCCCCGGGAGCUCCUCACCAAUGAGUGGGUGCAGGAGCGGUACCUGCUGUACAGGCAGCUGCCUGGCACCAGCCCCGCCCGCUUUGCAUUUCUGUGGGGUCCUCGGGCAUACGCGGAGACCACCACCCCCCAAGUACUGGAGCGUUGUAUCAAGAUCAAUGAUAGGGGGAUGAAGUACUUCUCCCAGUCUGCGGGAACGGGGGGACAAAGGGAAGAGGGACACUGAGCCUAUUGUGUUGCACACAGCUGUCGGGGCAGCUGGAGAACAUGGUGGAG